AUGCCUAAACAUGAAAGAACAACUGCCAUUGAAGGAAAUGGUAUCAGUGAUGUUGACAAUGAAGAAAGCAGUGCAGCUGAAAAUGAAGAAAAGGCCAAAGGAGCAGGAAAAGCCAGGAGGAGAGCAACACCGAGACCCAGAAGAGGACAUGCCAGAGGGAGAGCCAGGCGUGGUGGUGAGGAGGAUGAGGAUGAUGAAGAUGGAACAAGGAGAGCUGGGCAUCGCAGACACAGAAACCGUAGAGGACGGGGACGGGCAGCUGGAAAUGAGGGCAGUGAUUCUGAUGGAGACCCUACAAAAACCAGAAAGAAUCAGGCAAAUCAGAAAUCCAAGGAAGAUGAUGAAGAUGAGGAAGAUGAGAAAGGGGGUAAAAGUGGGAAAGGCAAAAAUGAGAAGAAACAGGACAAAAAACCUGAUAAGAAAGGGAAAAAAGAGAAGGCCAACAAGAAGAAAAAAGACAAAAAGAAAUCAGGAUCUGGCUCUGAUUCUGAUUCUGAGGAGGAACCGAUUACAGAGGAGGAAUUGGCCAAGCUGAAAGAAGAGGUAGAAGAAAAAAAGAAACUGAUCGCCACACUACGAAACAAGCCAUGGAAGAUGAAAAAGAAGUUGUCAGUCCUGAAGGAAGCACAGCUUUUUGUGGAAAAAUUUGAAGGUGCUCUUGGAAAAGGAAAAGGAAAAAAAUUCUAUGCCUACAAAGUGAUGAUGACCAAGAAAUGGAUGAAAUUUCAAAGAGAUUUUGAGAAUUUUAAGACAGCCUGCAUACCCUGGGAAAUGAAAAUUAAGGAAAUUGAAAGUCACUUCGGCUCAUCAGUGGCAUCUUAUUUCAUAUUCUUGCGUUGGAUGUAUGGAAUAAACAUGAUCCUCUUUGGACUGACCUUUGGACUUGUAAUGGUGCCUGAGGCUUUGAUGGGGAAACCAUAUGGCUCUUUACCUAGAAAAACUGUCCCAAGAGCUGAGGAAGCAAGUGCUAUGAACUUUGCUACUCUCUGGGAUUUUAGUGGCUUUGCACAGUAUUCUGUACUCUUUUAUGGCUAUUACAAUAACCAGAGGACAAUUGGAUGGCUCAAGUUCAGGAUGCCGCUUUCCUAUUUCCUUGUUGGAGUUGGGACUAUUGGCUACAGCUUUAUGAUUGUCAUUCGAACAAUGGCAAGGAAUGCAAAUGAAGAAGGUGGUGGAGACGACACUAGUUUUAAUUUCAGCUGGAAAAUGUUCACAAGCUGGGACUACCUGAUUGGCAAUCCUGAGACAGCAGACAAUAAGUUUGCCUCCAUCACAACAAGUUUUAAGGAAGCUAUUGUGGAGGAACAGGAGAGCCGAAAAGAGGAAAACAUUCACUUGACUCGAUUCCUGAGAGUUCUUGCUAACUUCUUAGCCCUGUGCACGCUCGCUGGGAGUGGCUACCUCAUCUUUUUUGUUGUCAGAAGAUCCCAGAAAUUUGCCCUGGAAGGUCUGGAGAACUACGGGUGGUGGGAAAGAAAUGAAGUGAACAUGGUUAUGUCACUUUUAGGAAUGUUCUGUCCAACUUUAUUUGAUGUAAUUAGUUCUCUGGAAAAUUACCACCCUCGAAUAGCUUUAAGAUGGCAGCUGGGACGAAUCUUUGCUCUUUUUCUUGGCAAUCUCUACACUUUCAUUAUCGCCCUAAUGGAUGAAAUCAAUCUCAAGUUGGAAGAAGAAAAGAUAGUCAAGUAUAACAUGACAAUAUGGGAAGCCAGUCUUUACAAUGGCACUAUUCCAGAAAAUUCGACUGCUCCUCCAAUACAGGUGGACCCUGCAGAUGUCCCCAGAGGGCCAUGCUGGGAAACAAUGGUAGGACAG